AUGGCCGCAACAGGCACGCCUCGGCUGUCGUCCAUCUCUACACCCGCAACACCCGCCAACCGCGGCCUGUCCGUCGCGCCCGCGCAGAACUCACAGCUCUCCUCGUCGUCCCAGCAGCAGCAGCAGCAGCAGCAACCGCCGCAGUCGGCGGCCGCGGCGGCAGCGGCAGCCCCGCCGCUCCCUCCGCCCGCGACCUUCGACGUGCUGCCCCACCUGCACGCGCUGCUGAACCGGCUGCUCAUCCAAAAGCCCACGGACGCCGCGCAGCAGCAGCAGCAGGCGGGCGAGGAGGGAGCGGGGAAAGCGGCAGCAGCAGUAGCAGGCGGUGGCGGCGAGGAAGGGUUGAAGUCUGGUGGAGGAGGAGGAGGCGGCGGAGGAUCUGUAAGUGCCGCCGUAGGAGGAAGUGCGGGUGCCGGCGCCGGCGCGAGCGCAUCCUCCGACCCCGAUGCCCAACCGCUUGAGAUACACCAGCUGUCGGCGGCGGCGAGCGCGCUCAAGGUGCGGCUGCAGAAGGCGCGGCAGGCGUGCGGGCGCCUGGGCGACAUGGACCGGACUGUGGAGGAGCAGCACGAGGAGAUUGGGGAGCUGGAGGAGCGUGUGAGCAAGCUAAGAGCUGUGCUUGAAGACAUGGGCGUCGGUGCGUCGGCGUCGUCGUCGACGACGGAGGCGCGGGCGCCGACGACCGCCGCCACCGCUGCUGGUGGGGACGGGAGCAACGAGAUGGUGCUGAGGGACGUGAGGCCGGCUUAA